CCCCGGACCCUCAUAUAAGUCAGAUUUGAAAUGUAUAUAAUAACCUUUGCACUUCCUUCCCUUGGUAGAUAGAAAGAGCUUGCUAAGGUACCCGUAGGAACGCGUCAAAUCAAGACUCCCACGCUUGAUCCCUCAACCCCCUCACAUCGGACAACCAAAAAAAAUGGUCUCGUCACGACAACUCGCCCUCCUGGCCGGAGCCCCGGCCGGCAUCCUCGCCCUCGCCGCGCCGCUCGCGCCCCGCGCCGUGGACUAUAGCAAGUGGAAGCCCGGCGUCAGCUUCCAGAUUGUCCUCCAUCACCCCAUCUUGGCCGGGAGCACGGCCGACAUCGUCCCCGCCAACGCCGACGUCUGGGACAUUGACCUGCAGCACGCCGUUGACUACCCUAAUAUCAUUCCCACUCUCAAGUCGGCGGGAAAAAUUGUCAUGUGCUACUUCAACGGCGGCGCCCUCCAAGACUGGGACGAAGACCUCGACUCCUUCCCCUCCGCCGUCAUCGGCUCGCCCCUGAACCCGCCCUACACGGACGAGCGCUACCUCAACAUCAAAGACGCCCGCGUCGUGACCCUUAUGAAGGCCCGCCUCGAGCGCGCCGCCUCCAUCGGCUGCGACGCCGUCGACCCGGACAACAUUGACGCCUGGGCCGAAGACGGCGACGACCCGACGGGGUUCAACCUCCAACCGUCCGAUUACGCCACAUACAUCUCCACGCUGGCGGCCCACGCGCACACGCUCGACAGCACGGCCGGUUCUGGAAGAAAGCUCCUCCUGGGGCAGAAGAAUGCGCCGACGAUUGCGCCGCAGCUCGCGUCCGUGGCGGAUUUCGCGGUGCUCGAGACGUGUCUGGGUACGAGGACGUCGGACGAGGUGGAGCCGUUUUGCGCGGAUUUCCAGCCGUACAUCGCGGCGGGUAAGCCCGUUUUCCAGAUCGAGUACCCCACGAGCGUGCGGGACGACGAUUCGAUCAGCCAAGUUGAUUACAACUACUUUUGCGUCAAUAAGAAUGGCAACGAGGGGUUCAGCGAGGUGCUGAAGCACGCGAGCGAGCAGGUUGAUGGAUGGGGCCAGUUUUGCGGGUUGGGGCUUACGGGAGGUAGGUUUGAGACGCCUACUGUCGAUGAGGGGGAUGAUGAGGAGUAAAACGGGGGGAGAUCAUGUGAGAGAUGUUCACCGAAGGGCCCUGGAAUGAGUGGCUGCUAUGAAGGACUACUAUGGACAUGACUUCGAUUCUUGUACUUAUAGCUUAUAUCCAGUAGAACAUGUACAUGCUGGUAAC